AUGAAGAGUAGAAAGAGGCAGAAUAGAAAAUCUCAAUCCAUCCAGAAUCAUCAGAAGAAUCAGAAGAAUGAAGUUCAACAACAAGAGAACAUAUGCUGCUAUAAAUGUGGUAAACCUGGACAUAUGAAAUUAAAAUGUCCCAACUUCAAGAAGAAAAAUUAUAGAAUCUCAACUUGGAGCAACGAGGAUGAUCAAGAAGAAAUGACAAACAUAUGUCUCAAGAAAAGAGGAGAAACUGACGAGGUGUGCUUUAAUGCUAUUCUGGAUUGUGAUCUCAAGAAAAAGAACCACAAAUCCUGGAGCGACAAGGAUGAAUCUGAAGAAGAAAACAAUCACGAAAGAAUGUAG